AUGUGGCAGCAGCGGGUGGAGCAGAUCUCAACCACUCCACGCGCUUCGUCUCUGUUGCGAGACGGCGCGCUGCCAGGCGCACUUAACAGAGCUCAAUCUGUCGAGUUCGCUUUGGUCGCCAGCGAUGGCUGGCUGUUCAAUGAGUUGAAGAGGCGUAGCAGUGGCGAGGAGGGUUGGGGACAACUGCCAUGUACAUUUUCUGAAGAUUUGGCUCAGUCAAGCCGAGGUCUCAGUGGCUGCAAUGAGCGGGCCAGACAUUUAAGGACUGACACCACCUCGGAAAGCAGUGGCACGCUCGACCAGAACGACAUUGUCGAAGAACUCCGGCUAAGCUGGAGCGCGGCAGGCCUUCCGAACGUCUCGACGGCACCUUCGGAGCCACAGCAUCGGCAGCAACCUCUGGCAUCACUGAAGCGGCGCUGGCCGUGCCAGUUGUGCCCGAUCGUCUGCAGCACCGAGUUCAACCUAACGAGCCACAUGCGGCGUCACGCGAACCGCAAGCGUCACGCGUGCCCCGUCUGUCCGACGACGUGCAGCACGCUGUUCAACUUGGCCAGCCACAUGCGCACGCACACGGGCGAGAAACCUUUCAAGUGCGAGAUGUGCCCCAUGGCGUUUGCCGCCAAGGGGACGCUGGUGAACCACCGACGAACGCACACGGGAGAACGGCCGUUCCAGUGCCCCAUCUGCAACAAGAGCUUCACGCGCAAGUUUGUGCUGCGGGACCACAUGACUUUCCGGCACGCAAGCGAGAGUAUCUCGUGA